GCAGCGCCAGCGAGUAAAUGUCGGCCAUCUUGAAUCAAAUCUCAUAGUGGCAUGUGUCUUUCCAAAUAUCAAGUGAUAGCAAUUUUAGCACUCGAGAAAAUAAUUAAAACCUGCCAUAAAAAAACCCAUAUUUAUUAACUCAAAAUAGACUACUCCAACUGGUUCUAAAUACUUUAAAAAUUUAAAAAGAUCACUAAUAAAACAAAUCAGCUGUUAUCCGUCAAUCGAUGUCAACAAAAUUACAUAAUUUUGUUUAGAAAAACAGUGCAGCCUCCGUUUUUUAGUGUCAUUUUGAAAUUAUCAAAAACAUGAAUAUUCGAUCUAUGUUUCAAUGGACAAAUUGUUAAAGUAAAUGUGUACCCAGCGGCUCACAACAUUGGCGACUGUGAUUUUUGUAUAAUGUAGUCCGCUGUUAUAUUUUAGUUAUGGAUCAAAACAAUAUUAUAGAGUGCGGUGGAUUUUAUUUUAUUCAUAAUUUUGACUCUGGAAAUCUCGGUCAUGUAGAAAGGGUGCCUACGGAGCUAAUAGCUCCAUCUGUGAACCCAAAAACAAAUUUAUCAGAAACACCUGAUUAUGAAUUCAAUAUGUGGACUCGGCCCGACUGUGCGGGCACUGAGUUUGAGAAUGGAAAUCGCACCUGGUUCUACUUUGGUGUGCAAGCCAGUGAAGCUGGAGUACUGGUGCGGUUAAAUCUUAUAAACCUGAACAAGCAAGGCAAGAUGUAUAACCAGGGCAUGGCACCGGUGACACGCACACUGCCAGGCAAGCCUCAGUGGGAGAGGAUCAGGGACCGUCCUGUACACUCGACGGACGACAAUACAUUCACCCUGAGCUUCAAGUACAGAACAUCAGAGAACCUGAAGGCGACCACAUUCUUCGCGUUCACGUACCCGUUCUCGUUCGCUGAGCUGCAGAUAGCGCUCAACUCCAUCGACCUGAAGAUGCUGCCACUGCCACCGCCGCAGUCACAAGACGACAUCUACUACGUUAGGGAAUGUCUCAUUUAUUCUUUAGAAGGGCGGCGUGUAGAUCUUUUAACGAUCACGUCUCACCACGGAAUCACAUCAGAGAGAGAGGAACGGCUAAAGAACUUGUUCCCAGACAACCAGGAGAGACCACACAAGUUCGUCAAUAAAAAGGUGAUAUUCAUAUCAGCUCGAGUACAUCCUGGAGAAACUCCUUCAAGCUUUGUAUUCAACGGAUUCCUGAACCUUUUACUCACAAGGAACGACCCCAUAGCGAUUCAGUUGCGGAAGAUCUACGUCUUUAAAAUGGUCCCUUUCCUCAACCCUGACGGGGUCGCUCGGGGUCACUACCGAACUGACACCAGGGGGGUCAACCUAAACCGAGUCUAUUUGAACCCCUCAUUAGCCCUGCAUCCUACUGUGUAUGCUUCAAGAGCAUUGAUUAGGUAUUACCACUACGGCUCUGAAAAGGAAGAUUUGAUGGACGAGAGCAAGAGCUACACGUCGCGGAGUAUACAGAACAUCUCAGAGAGUUCCGAGGUACCCGCACACAAUCCACAGGUGAUAGAUACCAAGAAGAAGAAAGGCAACAGUAACCCACAGCCGUACAAAGGAGGUGAUUACUACAAGAGAGAAAAGCACCCAAAGCCAAUGACUAGUCAGAAGUCUUCCACCACAAUCAAACCUCCAUCGACCUCCUCCGACAUCUCCAAGAAAGAGUUCAAGUCACUCAGUGGAGAAGCCGCGCAUUUGGCUGAACAGGUAUACGACAUGAAACUACAAGAGCAGCCGUCACAAACAAGCGACACUUCCUCAAAACCAUCAAAUUCCAACAUCGAUGAGUCACCGUCACUACUGAACGAUAACAUGUUGAGAACAUGUUUGGGAUCCACGGUCCACUUGAGUACCAGUGAAGAACUCAACUUCCACGGCUCAAACCCACUGCGCCCUCUCCGUGAUACCCUCAAGAAUAGUAUCAGUUUACUCAUGGAGUCUAACACCUCUGUGACUGGCGACAGUGCAUUAGGCAGCAAGGAGUCUCGCCAGUCGAACGUGAAGAUGGGCUGGUGCAUGGACUGUCGCCUGGCUGUGUCUAAGCUGGAGGAUACAAUGCCUGGUAUCACUGGGAUGGUUCCUGGAUACAAUGUCUCAUUGAAUCGACAGGACCACCUUACUUAUCAUACCAUAGACGAAUACAGAGAACACCAGAGACAACAAGUUGACGAGCAAUCCAAGAAGGACUCUGACGCCUCGUCAUCGCCUGCGCCCAAGGAAGAGAAUCUACACUUUUGCACCAAUUGCUUCAAGAGAUACGUAAUUACAGAUUCCAAUGAAGAAAUUAAGGUAUGUAGCGUGGUGUCGACGACGAGCGUGGCAGUGUCGGCCGCGGACAGCGCCGACCCGCGCACUGACUCCCACUCCAGCGACAAACUCACGGGCACCGGGGACGUACUACUCGUGCCCGUCAAUCCUUCACCAAAAGAAGAAAAACCGAAGUCCCCGACAACAAAGGCUGGAAAGAAGAAAGGUGCUCCCGUACCUACCAACACCACGACCAGUAGCAAUAGCAACCCUGUGCCUAAGGCCGGGCCCAAGGAGGCCGACUCUGGCCUCUACUUGUACAUAGACUUACAUGGACAUGCUUCUAAAAAAGGUAUAUUCAUGUACGGCAACCACUUCGACGACCUGGAGAGCUGUGUGGAGUGCAUGCUACUGCCUCGCAUCAUGUCCAUGAACAACCUGCACUUCCACUUCUCUUCAUGUAACUUUACUGAGCGGAAUAUGUACCUCAAGGACCGCCGCGACGGCAUGUCCCGCGAGGGCUCGGGGCGCGUGGCGGUGUUCAAGGCGACGGGGCUGGUGCGGUCGUACACGCUGGAGUGCAACUACAACACGGGCCGCCUCGUCAACGUGCUGCCGCCCGCCGUGCGCGACGCCGCGCCCGCGCCCGCGCCCGCCGCCGCCCCGCCCAAGUACACGCCGCACAUCUUCGAAGAGGUAAACCCCUUCCAGGUGGGUCGUUCCCUGGGCGCGUCGAUCCUGGACCUGACGGGGCAGCACCCCAACUCCCGCAUCCCCUGCUCCGAGCACCGGAACCUGUCCGCCGUCAGGGAGUGGCUGCGGGCUCAUACCAGGACCAUGCGGCCACAGCUCACGAUGUCACGACUCCGGCCUAAGACCACGUCCCCGCCUCGCGUGCCGCUGUACGCGCGCUCCAAGGGCAAGGUGACCGAGGAACGCAAGGAGAACACCUACGUCGGCGCCAAGACCGACUCUGAGCGCAAGCGGAGCCCACCAGUACUGGCGCCGCGGUCUGGCCACGACAUCAUGAACCUCGGCAUGAAGUUCAGCAAGAAGAACGAGCCCGUCAAGACUGCCUCCCGGACUAGAUACUUGAGCGAAAACGAACCCAAACCCAAAACGUUAUCCACUAAACGAAGAAAUAUUCUAGCCAUCAGGAAACCGAACUCGAGUAAGACCGCGGUGGGCGGCGUCGUGAAGACGAAGGCGAGCCGGCGGUCGGCGGACGACGCGGAGAGCCCGCGCACGUCCAUCGUGUCCGGCAAGCUCAGCAAGCGCAGCUACUCGCGCUCCGUGCGCGGCUCGUCCACGCGCAGUCGCGCGCUGGCCUCGUCCUCGUCCGACGAGCUGCUGGCCGGCGCCUGGGAGGACGUGGCGGGCGGCACGGCGCUGGGCGCGGCCGACGGCCUGGCGCUGCCCGCCAAGCGCCGCCCCUUCCCCGCGCCGGCGCCGCCGCCGCACCUCAAGAAGAUCCGCCUCAAGCAGGCCAUGUAGCGCCCGCCCCGCCACCACUGCCGACGGCUAAAUGUCACUCAGUAACUGACCGUUUCUUACGUUGGCAAUAACUUUGUGUGGGGCGCCAUCGCGGUAACUUAUGCCAUUAAAAAUCUUAUGUGAUCUUAUCUCUUACUUUGGGUCUAGUUAAGGUGUCGUCUAAUAUUAUUUAGAAUUAUUAUCGUUGCCCAUUACGACUUACCGCUCGUACACUUCUACGAGUUUCGACAAUUAUUGUUAUACUACUUAUAACUCCUCUAUAUUUUAUUUUACUGUUAUUAUUUAUAGGAAUAUUUUUAAUGGCAUGAGAGAACUAACUGGGCUAGUGUUGUAUUGUAACUUAAAUUUUCGUUGCUAUUAUAACUAUCCGUAUCUUGUGAUUAUGUUGACUGAAUGAACUAAAUUUUUGUGUUCCCUAGCAUAAUGUUUUAUGUCAAUUUUCUUGUUUAAAAUUCAAAGUCUGUAUGUUUUACAGUCCUUAUUGAUAUAGAUUGAAAUAUUUAUUUAUCAGAAAUGUAAAUUUAUACUGUAAGAUUAUAUGAAGACAAAAUAUCUUGUAUGCGGCGAAUUGUAAAGAUUAUACCAACCGUAGUGAGUUAAAUGCUCAUGGAGCAAUGUUUUCAAGAUGUGCUAAUAUUGUAUAAUGUACUAUUGAUCUCAUUUAUGAAAUUUAGCAAGAAGCUGGUUUUGAACAGUGCUCAUAUCUAUUCGAUCAGAAAUAUUUGUGUACCCACAGCUUGUAAAAUGAUUGUGUUAAGCUUUAAAAAAAUUGGAAAUUGGAAUUAGGAACAGAAACAAAGUGUUUGUGUGAUAUAAAACAGCUACUUGGUUUAUAUAAAGGGUUUUUUUAGAAAAUAAUGUAUGUAUUACUAACAUGAUAACUUGUGUACACACAUGGUGUAAGGUGAUGCGGCCGCCUCCAUGGGGCGGCUCAUCACGUCUACUAGUGCAAUAAUUUUAUAUAAAAUACAAUGUACCACGAGUUUUAUAUAAAUACAUGACCUACAUGAAAUUCUAAGUUCUUAUUAAAAUAAAGUGUUUACGGUAGAAAUGCGUAGUGUGUAUAUUUUAAAACGGUAACUAUUUAUUUAUCUGAAAUAUUAAUAUAUGGUUAAAUAACAUACAAUGUUCUCACAAGCUAUUGUUUUCGUUUUAUACACCCAAUCCUGACAUCCUGUGGACGAGUAUUUACAUCCACUACUCUUACUUAUAAUAAUACUUUAAUAAAGCCAACAAAGAUAUAAUGGCAUGCACUUACAUCUUCCCAACCUGCCAGUAUCUCAAUACAUUUAGUGCAUUUUUCGUAUUUUUUCUGUACACAAUGAAAAAAUCAAACAUCCUAAAUUUUAGGCUUCAUAGUAGCUUAUUUUUGAGCCUCCCAUCUUUAAUACUCGUAAAGAUAAUAUUGAAGAUUCAUGAACAAGGUGAAUUUGACCUUUGGUUAAGUGAAACACUUAUAAUAUCCGUCAAACAUAGAGUAACAUACAGAUAACCAACUAGCUAGACUGCUAGAAUAUAACAUGUCUUAUGCAUGCUACUAGACGGCUGGACUAGCACCCCAAAUUACCUAUAAAAAUGUAAGCUUUUUUAACCUUUUGGUAUGACCACAGCCAUAGCCAAUCCACCUCGAGCAAAAUGAAUUCCUCCUUCUCCAUAUGAGAAGAGGCUUUUGCUCAGCAGUGAACUAAUAAAUCAUUAAUCUAAUGACAUCAAUGGUAUUUGAGUAAUUAUCAAAUUACUGCCAUUGGUUCUAUUAUAAGUGCUUGUUAGUUUGAGAAAACACAAAAAAUAUAUUUUAAAAUAAUUUGUUGCCCACAUAGAGAAUAUGAAGUUUCGAAUUUCCAAUACAAAAGUAGCCUAUGUUACUUCUUAGUACUUCAGCUAACUGCCAAUUAAAAUCGGUCC